GGUGUCAGUGGAGGAAUAGUGCCCCAUCGUUGGUGUCAGUGGGUGGAAUAGUGCCCCAUCGUUGGUGUCAUGUGGGUGGGUGGAAUAGUGCCCCAUCGUUGGUGUCAGUGGGGGGGGAAUAGUGCCCCAUCGUUGGUGUCAGUGGGGGGAUUAGUGCCCCAUCGUUGGUGUGGGUGGGGGGAACAGUGCCGCAUCAUUGGUGCUGGUGGGGGGGGAAUAGUUGGUGUAGAUGGGGGGGAAAUA